UUCCUGUCCCCGCAGCAGUCUCACUGUGUGAGACUCAGCUGUCCCCAAGCUGUGCCUCAUGGCACCAAUGGCGCUGGCCCUCAUCCUGGGUUGGUGUCUGGUGGCAGCAAGCAGGGCACAGCUCUUGCCCCCACCCUCCCUGUCACUGCACCCCAGCCAGGGGGUGGCUGUGGGGGACACUGUCACCGUGCGGUGCCACCUGCCCCGGCCGGCUGCCUGGGUUGAGCUCUACGAGGAAGGAGAGUGGACAUUCAAAAUGCGCAAGGACACAGACAAGGAGCAGAAUGCAGUUGAGUUCUACUUGGCUGACAUAAGAAAGGAAGACGCUGUGAAGUACCAGUGCCAGUACCGAGUGCGGGAGCCACCAGGGACAUCGGAGAAGAGUCACCCCGUGGCGCUGGUGGUGACAGAUCACAGCUAUCCCCCCCCCACCAUUUCCCUGAGCCCUGAGGAACACGUGGAGAUGGGGACCAACGUCACCAUUCGCUGCUGGAACAAGCCUUAUCAAGGCUCCACCUUCCUGCACAAGGACGGGCACUCAGCCCCUAUCCAGCACCAAGACCCCGAUGGUGGGGGCACAGCCACUUUCACCCUCUUUAGGGUGUCCCCAGCUGACUCUGGCACCUAUAGGUGCUCCUACCGUGCUGGGGGCUGCUGCUUUGUGUUCUCACCCCUUGGGGACAAUGUGACGCUAGAGGUGACACUGACACACGCACCCCCAGGAACACCCAAACACCCGGACCUCACAGGUGAUUCUCGAGGACCGCACUGGAACCCGGUAAGAGCAGUAGCAAGGGGCUGUGCUGCUGCCGUCGUCUUCAUCCUCCUCCUCGUUGUCUCCUUUCUCCUCAUUGCCCGCAGACAACAGAUACAAAGAGAUGAGAGCCCAGGUGCCUCACUCAGAAGCCCCGAUGCCGUGCAGUUCCAGGUGCCCCCCGGUGACUGCGAGGGUCUGACCUACGCCGAGCUGCGAGCUGUGACCCCCAGCACCUGCACCCCUGGCCCCUCUGCCGCCCCUGAAUCCCCCAUUAUCUAUGCUGAGGUGGGCACUGGGCGACCCUGCUGAUGUCCCCACGUGUGCACAAACAUGUAUUCAUUGUGUGCACACGUACUUCAAGCAUGCGCAGUGCGGGUAUACUCCAUGUGUUCACCAUCAUGUGUGAAUUACAUCCAUGUGCCUGUGCAUGUGAACACAUCGAUGUGUAUUAAAUAUGUGUGCACCAUUACAUGUGCACAACAGAUGUACAAACGUGUAGUACACACUUCACUCUGUG